AGUAUAAAGUGAUGAAUUCUUUCAGCUCUGUUUCUCUUCUUCUAUUCCAGGGACAUAUUUGCUGCCCCAUGUGAAUGAUACGUGAGAAUUUCACACUUUUCUGGAAUCUAUAAAACAUGAAUAGGCAAAUCAACCACAUAUAUAGACAAACAUAUCAAGAGCUAUUUACAGUCACUAAUGAUGAAAUACUUACUUGAAAGAGUUGUGGGAAAAACUUAAACUGAUAACGUUAGGUGGGAAGAACUAUUCUUGAAGGUUACCUAACUUUCUCGGAUAGACAGUCAUGGCCUUGGACAGCAUAAUUAAAGCCAACGUAGGUUUAAUUUACUCGAUGGGUUCAAUAAUUAUUAAGUUAGAGAAAGCUCGGCUAAGAGGUGGGAGAACACUAGGAACUGAGUGCACAGAAAGAACGCAGACUUUGGAGGAGAGGGCUAAGUGGUGAUGCAAAGAGAAAAAGAAAGAAAGAAGAGGACGUGAAAAGAGAGUUGUCUUGGAGGCAGAGCUAGUAAAUGAGUCAUUGGAGUGAAUCUGCUAUCAGGUCUAUUCUAACAGUGCUACAAGUGAAUGGAUGCCUUAAAGGUUAGGCAUAAAAUGAUUUCUCAUUUUGCUGCGAUAUACCCCCUGGUAGACAUUAACGCUUUGGUUAUGGACUUGAGUGUAAAAGCUCCUGAGGUAACAGGCUGCUUGUCUGCCAUAAAUAUUUCUGGCUAUAUGUAUGUAUAUUGUUAUUUGAAUGAGGCUGCUUUUAUGGAGAUGAGUAUAUUUUGUGCAAAUAGUUAAAGUUGAUGUGAUGCUGUGUGUCAUUUCUAUAGCCAGGUAGUCAUUCUGUCUACACAAAGCCAACUCCCCUGGUACCUCACAUCACAGCUGGGACUCUGUUCAGCUCCGAUCCUCCUGACCCAUUUCAGUGCACAGAUACACACACACACGCUCGACCACACACACAUAUAUACACCAACUGACAGUUGCGAACAGACCCAUGCAUUCAUACAAAGCAAAGCAGCCACACGCAAAACACUUACAUAUGUGCCAAGCUUCAUUUCUGCUCUACUGAGUCUGUUCGUGUCACAACUUUGCAGAUGUUUAAGCCAUGGGGACAUGAACACUAAAUUUGCAGAAAUUCUCUUCCCGGUUGUUUGGUUGGAACAGCGGGUUUUGAAAUGAUAAUGAAUCUGUGGGCCGGGAUUUCCCACAUGGCAUCAUGUCUAGAGUGGAAACAGAAGAAAUAGAAUAAGGCAGCACUGGAAAGCAGCAGCAAAAGAUUUUUUUUAUUAUUACCAAAUGUAAAAGUCAAAUUCUGGCUGAACUAGGUAGAUGAAGCAGUCGGCGUUUCUAAGAAUAAUAAAAUGUUAAAAAAGUGCGAAUCUGAGGUUAAUGUUACUGCUGCAGAGUGCAGAUGGCUCCCCAUACAGUUAAUUUAGAGUUCAAAGUCUUGCUCUAUCAGCCAAUAGCUGAUGAGCACAAGUAAUAUAAAAAUAAACUAAAUAUACAUCCAAAAGAAAUCAUGGAUAAAAUGCUGACUCACAUUGCAUAAAACACAAAACACAGAUAUGAGUUAUAUUGCAUUCCAACACAGGCGAUUUCAGAUGUUGAUUGUAGAUGUAAUAAACAGCUAUAAUAACUUCAUUACACACAUUUAUGUCACACAGAGGUUAAAGCGGUUAAAAGAAGAAUCACGCACAAAGUGGGAGAGGCAGUGUAUAGGUCAGAUUCCAAAACAUUAUAAAUACACAGCUAAAACUGACCAUCCAAUCUCAGUGUGUGAUCAUAAGUGUGGAAAAAGAAAUAUCAGAGAACAUGAAGACAGAAGGUGCGAUGCUGCAUCCACUGGCAUCGGGAGAUGGCCCUGAGCCUGAGCUGAUGUGUAUCUUUGGGACUGGGGACUUAGGACGCUCUCUGGGCCUGUGUCUGCUCCAGUCCGGCUACAGGGUGGUGUAUGGCAGCCGCAGACCUCACAGCUGUGGCCCCUUGCCUGAGGGAGCUCAGGUGAUGACCCAUGAAGAAUCAGCCCGGUCUGCCAAGAUGAUCUUCGUUUGUGUUCACAGAGAACACUAUGAAUUUCUGGAGAAGAUGGCACCUCAACUUGAAAGAAAGGUGCUGGUGGACCUCAGUAACAACUUGAAGAAAGACAUGUACAUGGAAGCAAAUGCCGUCUACUUGCAGAGGCUGGUCCCUAAAGCAGCCGUUGUUAAAGGCCUUAACACCCUGUCCACCUGGGCCCUGCAGAAUGGACUUCUAGCAGGAAGACAGGUGUACCUGUGUGGGAACAAUGGAGAAGCAAAACGGGAUGUGGCAGAGAUGGCCACCAAACUAGGCCUCACUGUUGUGGACAAAGGGUCCCUGUCAGCUGCUAAAGAGGUGGAGGACUUUCCUCUGCAGCUGUUCCCAGAGUGGAGGAUGCCUUUGUACGUGGCUUUCGGCCUCUCUGCCUUCUUUUUCUUGUAUUUGGUCAUUAGAGAUAUCAUCUAUGCAUAUGUGGAAAAUGAUGAAGAUAUCUCCUACCGCAUAAUGAUAUCCCUGGCCAACAAGAUCACUCCAGUUGUGUCCCUCAUUAUGCUGUCGCUCUGCUACCUCCCUGGAGCUAUAGCUGGGUUCCUUCAGCUCUACAGAGGGACCAAGUACAGGCGUUUCCCCAAUUGGCUAGAUCGCUGGAUGCUGUGCAGGAAACAGUUGGGUCUUCUUGCACUAGGCUUUGCAUUGCUCCAUGCUAUCUACACAUUAAUCAUUCCUGCCCGCUACUCUGACAGACAAAGAGUCAUCUCCAAUGUGUUGAAUGAGGUGAAGAAAAAUACUACCACUCCACUUUACUUUGACAAUACCAGCGCAUGGCGCACUGACUCAUUAUAUGCACUGGGAAUCCUGGGCUUCUUUCUUUUUGUCCUGCUGGGGCUAACAUCCUUGCCAUCUGUUGGAGGCACUCUCAGCUGGAGAGAGUUCAGCUUUGUUCAGUCGACGCUGGGCUACCUGACUCUUUUUCUCUCCACUGCACAUUGCUACAUUUAUGCCUGGGAUAAAUUCCUUCGCAAAUCUACGUAUAAAUGGUACACUCCUCCGGACUCCAUGCUCUGUCUAAUUGUUCCUUCGGUAACACUGGUGCUCAAGCUGGUCCUCGUCCUCCCCUGCGUGAACCGUCCGCUCAUGCGCAUUCGCCAAGGCUGGGAACGCAACCGGUUAAAGGAUGAGAUGGGUGAACUCAAAGCCACUAACAUGUGAUCCAGGGUUGCUGAAUGUUUCAAUGACAUGUUAUUUUAUUUUUCAUUUGUAGACAAUCAUAAAGUAGGGAAAAUGAAAUAGCAUAACAAUCGUUUCGAUUUUGCACAAAGUAAAGAAAAAGAAAGACCAGUGGUUCCAGUGGUGAGUUAUUGUCUAAUCCUGCCUGUUCCUGACUUUGCAAUACUCAGAGAAAAGUUAGGUUUAUGCCAAAUUGACAUGCUUCUGUUGAUAUAAAUAUUUUUAAUGUGUAUUUUCUUUUUGAGUGAAACCCCCCCCACACAUUUCAGAUGUUUGUGUUGUAUCUUUUUCACCAAAUGUGCUGAAAAAUAGAUUGCUAUCCCCUGUUGAAAUCCACUGUUUUGAUAAACAUAGGCAAUAGUUUCUGUAUUCCACUCUCCUUUCCCUUCAAGUGGAGCAAUUGUAUCCCUGAGGUUGCUCUCUUUUCAGGAUGUUAUUGAUCUCCCUGCUUUCUGACACAAAUAUCUCACUACCCGUACCUGCCUCCGUCUCAAGAGCACACCAGAGUGCACACUAAGACACACAUGCUUAUGAUGCACAUACACAGCAUGAAGGUGAGUAAGUUAAUUGGAUUUCUGCAUGCAGAUUAUAUGAAAAAAAAAAAAAAAAACACGAAGCACUUAACUUGGGGGCGGAACAACAGAUUUUGUAGUCAAAAGCAGAUUCACAAACACCUUUACUACCAUAGGUCUAGUGCAGUGUUACAGUCACCAGCAAAUUUACCCGGCUGAAGCAGGUAGGUAGUAAUAAAACAUGCAGGCUGGCCUCAAAAUACCCACUACUACCGAGGAAUUGCUGAGAAAGCAGAUCCAGUUAGAUUUGAACAGAUGAUGAGCAAAAAUGGGAAACUCAAUAGUGAUGGCUGAUGAACAGGUGCAGGAUGGUUAGAAGAGGUUGGUAUGCACAUCCCUAAUGAUACAGAGACAGAAAAAGGAAAGAAGAAGAUGGAGUAGCUGUCGCCAUGACAGAUUCUGGUGCUAUAUAAAGAAAACGCAGUGCCUCUCGCCUAAAGCAGAACAUUUAGGCAGAGACAUCCUGUUAUCUAGCAUCUAACAGCAUUAUCUGCAUACACAAUCUGUAAUCCCUUACAUCCUCUCCUAUUGUAUUAGCCUCCUGUUACCAGUGAACCGAUUUUACCAAACUGCCUGCUGUUCGUGUGCAUUGGUGUGUGCGUGUGUUGGUGUGUGAGUUAUUCCAUUAUUCCAGUAUUGCCUCUGGAAAGAAUUAAGAUGUAGCAACAUGCAGAGCAGAAUAGCUGUGAAACAAGCUAACUUACAUAAUUCAUUUCCUCUCAUCUUUAAUUUUACACACCUAGACAGCCCUGAAACCUAUAAUAACUUUAUUUGUGUCUAGCCUUGAAGGCUUAAACCUGUGUGAGUGUAAAUAGGCUGCAGAAAUUGUGGGUUAAUACAGAGAUCACUGACAUUCAAGCUCCACCUGUGAAAUGUACAACUAGAUAUUAAAUGAAAGGUGUAUAACAAAAUAGCAUGGGAACUUCAGAAAUGUAAAUUAUGUAUCCCAGAAUUGUGACAGAAUAAAAUGCAUUUAAUU